AUGGAAAAAUUUCUCAGGUCAAAGGAGUAUUGGAAUCUUGUGGAAUCAGGAAUUGACGCCCCAGCAGAGGGAGUUGUGUUGACUGAACAACAACAAAAGAGGGUUGCUGAACUAAAGCUGAAAGACUUGAAGGUGAAAAACUACCUUUUUCAAGCACUUGAUCGAUCUAUCUUGGAGACUAUACUCGAGAAGGAGACCUCCAAACAAAUAUGGGAUUCUUUGAAGAAGAAAUAUGAAAGGUCAGAGAGGGUGAAGCGUGUAGUGCUUCAAACUCUAACAAGGGACUUUGAAACUCUACAAAUGAAAUCAGGAGAGUCCAUCACUGAUUUCUUUGCUAGAACUAUGGGAAUAGCAAGCAAGAUGAGAUUCAAUGGUGGCACCAUGGAAGAAGUCAAAGUUGUGGAGAAAAUUAUGAGAUCAUUGACUCCAAAAUUUGACUACAUUUUCUGUUCAAUUGAAGAGGCAAAGAACGUUGCUGAGUUAUGUGUUGAUGAACUACAAAGCUCUUUGUUAGUGCAUGAACAAAGACUUAAUCACACCACUGCUAGUGAAGAACAAACAGCCCUGAAAGCUUCCACUUUUUAUGAGCCCUCAAGUUCUCAAGGAGGAAGAGGUUGUGGAAGAGGUGGACGUGGUAAAGGAAGAGGUGGUCGAGGUCAUAGAGGUGGUGGACGGUUUGGACAUAGAGAUGACAUAAAGUCAUCUCAUGUUUUCAAAAGAGAUGAUGACUCUGAAGAAAAAGGAAUGUACCACUUUGAUAAGUCAAAAGUGGAGUGCUAUAGAUGUGGAAAUUUUGGGCACUACAAGAAUGAGUGCUACACAAACCUACCAAAAGAAAAAGGAGAAAAGUCAAACUUUGUGGAGAAAAAUGAGGAAGAGACGCUUUUGAUGGCUUUUCAUGCACUGACAGAGACUGAUCAGGAGACUUGGUAUGUGGACACAGGCUACAGCAAUCACAUGAGUGGAUAUAAAGGCUACAGGAUUACAAUCUAUACAGGAGAGUGUGAAGUGUACAACCUAAAAAGAGGCUCCAUUGCUAUUGUAAAAAUGUCUUCCAAUAGAUUGUUUCCUUUGAAAAUCAAGACUGUGCAGGCUUGCUUAUUUGCCAAAGAAGAUGACCUGUGGAGGUGGCACUACAGAUAUGGCCAUUUGAAUUUUAAGGGCUUGAGAACACUUCACCAGAAAGGGAUGGUUACUGGCUUACCUGAGAUAACUCCUCCAUCAAAGGUGUGUGAAGAAUGCAUAAUUGGGAAGCACAAAAGAGACUAUUUUCCAAGUGGCAAGGCAGCAAGGGCUCAAUCAAUCCUGGAGAUGGUUCACUUUGAUCUAUGUGGACCAAUAAAUCCCAUCUCAAAUGGUAACAAGAAAUAUUUCAUCUCAUUUACUGAUGAUUUUAGUAGAAAGACAUGGAAGAUUAAAACACUAAGAACUGAUUGUGGGGGAGAGUACUGUUCGAAGGAGUUUGAUGCAUUUUGCAAAGAGAAAGGCAUUAAGAGACAGCUGACCACUGCCUAUACACCACAACAAAAUGAUGUAAGUGAGAGGAAAAAUUGCACCAUUCUCAACAUGGUUCGAAGUCUGCUAGUCAAAGGAAGAAUUCCUAAGAAGUUUUGGCCUGAAGCUGUGCUAUGGCCAGUUCAUAUCUUAAACAGAAGUCCCACAUUUUCUAUUAAGAAUAUGACUGCUCAAGAAGCUUGGCGUGGAUUGAAGCCUGCAGUUGAUCACUUUAGGGUGUUUGGGUGCAUAGCAUAUGCACACAUCCCUGAUGAGAAAAGAAAGAAGUUGGAUGACAAAAGUGAAAAAUGUGUUUUCUUGGUAUCAGUUAAACAACAAAUUCCAGUUUAUGAUGAUUCAGACAAUGAAGAGGUAGCAGAUCCUGAAACUCAAGCCCAACAGCCACCUCAACCUGAAGUUCAGUCAUCUCAACAGUUUGAAGAAGAGAGAUACAAUCUGAGAGAUGAGAACUCAAGGAAGAGGCCAGCAUGGAUGAUGGACUACGAUGAAGCUGUUAAAGAGGAGAAAUGGAGGGAAGCAAUGGACAAUGAAAUCAAGUCCAUUGAGAAGAAUCAAACUUGGGAGUUAACUAAUCUUCCAAAGGGAAAGAAGACCAUUGGUGUUAAAUGGGUGUUUAGAACAAAGUUGAACGAAAAAGGUGAAGUUGACAAGCACAAAGCUCGUUUGGUAGCUAAGGGCUACAAGCAGAAGCAUGGCAUUGAUUACAAAGAGGUGUUUGCCCCAAUUGCGAGGCAUGACAUGAUUAGACGUGAAGUCAGCAUUGUUGCAUGGCAACAUGUAAGAAGAGCACUCUAUGGACUGAAACAAGCACCUCGAGCUUGGUACAGUUGCAUAGAUGCUCAUUUUGCUAAGCUUGGAUUUCACAAAUGUCCUUUUGAGCACACGCUUUAUGUCAAGACUAAGGAAGAAGGACCCGCCCCGGAAUUUCCCCCAAAACCGGGGCGGACCCCGUUUUGUUGCCGACAUCACACCGAUGUCGGGCCUACUACUAAAAACCCAAGACAUCCUACCAAAAUUUUGGCAGAGUCUCCCCUGUAA